CCUGCGCAGUGCGCGCGCGGGCAGGCGAAGGAGAGCCACAGCAGUGGGGUGUGGGCGUCAGAGAGCGCGGCGCCUGUCAUGACAGAGGGCACGUGUCUGCGGCGUCGGGGGGGACCCUAUAAGACAGCGCCGGCCACCGACCUCAGCCGCUGGCGACUCAGCAACGAGAAGGGAAGGCAGACAUGGACGUAUUUUCAAGACGACGACCCUGGCCGAGCGCAGACUGGGCUGGAAGCGCACUUACUGGGACUGGAUACUGGGAGUUACUUUAAGGAUUUGCCCAAAGCCCACACGGCCCGUGAGGGGGCUCUGAAUGGGAUGACGUUUUACAUGGGGCUGCAGGCCAAGGAUGGGCACUGGGCGGGUGACUACGGUGGCCCGCUCUUCCUCCUGCCAGGCCUCCUGAUCGUGUGCCACGUGGCACGCAUCCCUCUGCCAGCUGGAUAUAGAGAAGAGAUGGAACGGUACUUGCGGUCGGUGCAGCUCCCCGAUGGUGGCUGGGGCCUGCAUGUCGAGGACAAGUCCACAGUGUUUGGGACAGCGCUCAACUAUGUGUCUCUGAGGAUUCUAGGUGUCGGGCCUGAUGAUCCUGACCUGGUACGAGCCCGGAACAUUCUUCACAAGAAAGGUGGUGCUGUGGGUAUCCCCUCCUGGGGCAAGUUCUGGCUGGCUGUCCUGAACGUUUACAGCUGGGAAGGCCUCAACACCCUGUUCCCAGAGAUGUGGCUGUUUCCUGAGUGGGCACCUGCACAUCCCUCCACCCUCUGGUGCCACUGCCGGCAGGUCUACCUGCCCAUGAGCUAUUGCUACGCCACCCGGCUGAGUGCUGAGGAGGACCCACUGGUUCAGAGCCUCCGCCAGGAGCUCUACGUGGAGGACUAUGCCAGCAUCGACUGGCCGGCGCAGAGGAACAACGUGGCCCCUGAUGAACUGUACACACCGCACAGCUGGCUGCUCCGUGUGGUGUAUGCAUUCCUCAACCUGUAUGAGCGCCAUCACAGUGCCAGCUUGCGGCAGCGGGCCAUCCAGACACUGUAUGAGCAUAUCGUGGCCGACGACCGCUUCACAAAGUGCAUCAGCAUUGGUCCGAUCUCAAAAACCAUCAACAUGCUUGUGCGCUGGACAGUGGAUGGGCCGGCCUCCCCCGCCUUUCAGGAGCACGUCUCCAGAAUCUGCGAUUACCUCUGGCUGGGCCUUGACGGCAUGAAAAUGCAGGGCACUAACGGCUCCCAGGUCUGGGACACAGCAUUCGCCAUCCAGGCAAUGCUGGAGGCAGGUGCACAACACAGGCCCGAGUUUUCAUCCUGCCUGCAGAAGGCACAUGAGUUUCUCCGGAUCUCACAGAUCCCAGACAACCCCCCCAACUACCAGAAGUAUUAUCGCCAGAUGAACAAGGGUGGUUUCCCCUUCAGCACGCUGGAUUGUGGCUGGAUUGUUGCUGACUGCACAGCUGAGGCUUUGAAGUCCAUCCUUCUCCUGCAGGAAAAGUGUCCCUUUGUCACUGAGCAUGUCCAACAAGAGCAGCUCUUUGAUGCUGUCGCUGUGUUGCUGAGCAUGAGAAAUCCCGAUGGAGGGUUUGCCACCUACGAGACCAAGCGUGGGGGGUUCUUGCUGGAGCUGCUGAACCCCUCGGAGGUUUUUGGGGACAUCAUGAUUGACUAUACGUAUGUGGAGUGCACCUCGGCCGUGAUGCAGGCGCUGAAAGUUUUCCACAAACACUUCCCGGACCACAGGCCGGAGGAGAUCAGGGAGACCCUGGAGCGGGGCCUGGAGUUCUGUCGGCAGCAGCAGAGGGCUGAUGGCUCCUGGGAAGGCUCCUGGGGGGUUUGCUUCACCUAUGGUACCUGGUUUGGGCUGGAAGCUUUCGCCUGCAUGGGGCAGACCUACCUCGACGGGGCUGCCUGUACAGAGGUCUCCCGGGCCUGCGACUUCUUGCUGUCCCAGCAGAUGGCGGACGGAGGCUGGGGGGAGAACUUUGAGUCUUGUGAGCAGCGGUGUUAUGUGCAGAGUGCCGAGUCCCAGAUCCACAACACAUGCUGGGCCCUGAUGGGUCUGAUGGCUGUCAGGCAUCCUGGUGUAGCGGCCCUGGAGAAAGGAGUCAGCUGUCUGCUUAGAAAACAGCUCCCCAAUGGCGACUGGCCCCAGGACAACAUGAAUGGGGUCUUCAACAAGUCCUGUGCCAUCCACUACACGAGCUACAGGAACGUCUUCCCCAUCUGGGUCCUCGGCCGCUUCUCCCGCCUGUACCCUGAGAGUGGCCUUGUCGGCCACCCUUGAGAGCACACCUGUAGGAGCCUGGUGGGGGGUGGGGGCUGGGCACAGGCAUCUGGUGGGGCUGCUGAGCAGCAGCCAUCAUGCAAAUUUCAGGCAAGGUUGGGCAUCUUGGCCAGGCUGUGGAGCCCCCCAUUGCCCUGCCCAGCUGUCCAGUGCCCUUCACUGUCCACUUGCACAAGAGUGAGGCCUGGGACCAAGCCUGUGGCAAAGGUGGGGCUGGUGGCUCUAGACACUUGAUUUUCAUCAUAGGUUUAGUUCUGAGAAUAGCUUGUUGGGCUCAGGUGAGGAAAGGAACAAGAUGAACCGACACCGGAGAAGGCGUGGUACCUGUUCUCACCAUGGAUAUGGGGCUCGGAGGGCCUCUUGACCAGUCGCUGAGUUCUGGGGAGAUGAGCAGUUGUGCCUCAUCCAUGUCCAGCCUGGUGCUGGUUUUGGGCUGGGCUUGCCCCCAGGCCGCCUCUUCCUGUGCCUUCUGUCUGUUGGGCUAAGGGAUGUACUGGCUUCUCUGAACAGCCUGGUGGGGGGAGGCUGGGCUUCCCUGUUCACCUGGCCACCCAGGGCUUGGCAAGGAACAGGGACUAGACUUGCUGAGUGUCUUGUGGCUGCACGGCGGGGAGCUAGACAUGGCACGCUGACCCUGCCCCAGAGCUCGAGCUUGCCCACGCUGUAUCACGGUUCAGCCAGUUUGUGGGGCGCCAGUACCCCUACCUCCUGAGUUUGUAGUCUUCUUGUAAUGACAGAAAUACACGUGGGAGGCCAAGUGUAACAAAGGAAGAGAGGUCGUUAGCAGUUCAGUGGUUACCACUGUGGGAUACUGCUGUGUGUGAGGGACAGCUGAACACCCCAGCCUGCCGCUCACCAGCCACCACAGCCAGCCAGGCAGUUGUGACACCCCAGGGCACCCUCACAGCUGCUGCCCACCCUCAUGCACUAGUUUGUGCUCUGAGCUCAAAUCAGGGCCAGAUUUUUGGCGCGUAUGCCUCUUGGGUGGUAAACCUCUGAAUUCCCCCUGGCUUCUAAAUUUGUCUGGCCUGGCAUGCAUGAUCUUGGGGCUCAAGAUGGAAAACCCAGGUCCUGUAUUUGCCUUUAAGCUACGAGGAUGAGUGGCUCAGAUGUCCAGGGCUUCCCUGGGAAUGUGGCUGUGAGGAGUUACCAGGAGCUUUGAUGAGAAUAAAACCCAGGGCUGGCGUUACUCCCAGGGCCCCACCCUGCUUCUCACCUACCCAGCAUCCCUCCGUUGGCUGAUCUUCUGUGUUACCUCCUGGACUGGCAGCAGCCCCUGGCCAACUGUCUGCCCUCAGACAGCCAGAGAGCUGCCUGGAUGCCCUUCUGCCCUGUCAUUCCCUGCCCAUACCCUUCAGGGCCCACGCUGAGGCUUUGCACCAUGUGGCCCCUGGGCACUGUCCUGACUCUCCCUGGGGCUUGCCUGCUUCAGGGCCUUUGCCUGAGCUGUUCCUCCACUGACCUCCUGCCCCAUGGUGGUGCUGCUGUCUGCUCUGAGCCCUGCAGGGCCAGGUCACAUGUAUACAGGCAGGACCCCGGCUCCACUGGCUGCCACUGUGUGGCACGUAGCGGGGUUCAGUGGGUGCCUGUCGAAUGUCAGCACUUUUCCGCAGACGUUUUUAAACGAGGCUUAUUUUGGCUGAAGGAACCUUGUUGGGAUCAGUCCGCUGGUUUGCCCCCACACUUCUCUUCUUGGCCAUGUGCACCCCAGCUGGGCAGCAGCAGCACAGACGGUGCUUUACCAUGUCUGCUCCUUGCAGUGGCCUCUGCCCCUGGAAGGCCCCUGGGCAUGGCAAGGUCACUGGACAAAACAAAUUUCCUGGAAAAGAAAUGGAAAUUUGCUUUAAUACUGAAAAUGUUAUUGAAAGUCACUUAUUUGACCAGCUCCCUUGGUAAACAGACACUUGAUUUCCUGAAACAGGAGCAGGGCUUGAUUGUGUUUUGUCUCAUCCUGGGAUCAGUCUUGGAUCCGGGGUUUUCUGAGACUCACUUGGGCAUCAUAUUGGACGCGGGCCCACCACUUCCUCAGUUUCAGGGAGCUAGAGUAGCUCCUUGAAGAUAAGCAGGAUGAGUCUCCAGUUAUUUCAGGGGAAAAUAUUUGCUUCAACCUGAUUAAGAAUCACAUUCUCUAUCCUGGAUAACAAUUCAAAUUAUUUUCUUUUUGGUUAUUGGGAACAGAUUUUGAAUAUUAUGGGAAAGUUUCUCUGGAGCCAUAUUAGGUUUUCUGUAUUCACCAUGAUGUGAACUUCAGAUGACCCUUUGAGGAAUUCUCUAACUGGAAAUACUUAACUCACAAUGGAAACUUAUCUCUAAGAAAAUACUUUUCUUUACUGAACAUAAUCAAUAUUGCUACAUAGAUUUAAAUUUUAUUUAGGCAAUAAAAAUGUUUUAAAAAUUAA